UGAUUUGAACUUAAGUCCUCCUGAAUCCAGGGCCAGUGCUUUAUCUACCAUGCCACCUAGCUGCCCCUCGGACACCUUUUAACAGCACUUUUCAUUAAUGCAUCUGGUGCCACGAGGACAUGGAGCCUUAACUUCUCUCAAUACUUCCACUAGCAAAUCCAAGUCCUCACUAACUGGAGCUCCUCAAAUCCCAGCUCACCUGGUGGGAGGAAGCCACAUAAUCCACAUGAUUUUCUCUGCCUCUGCUUUUUCCCUUAUUCCCCAAGAUGGAUAAGCGGUGGUCCUGUGAUUUCAAGUACAGAGAACUUCCAUAGGAAGAAAUCCCUUCUACAGAUGCAGGCCAGCACCUUCUCUGUUAUUUAUGGCCUUAGAGACUUGCCUUAUUCUCUACGGUGGAUAGAAACUGCUCCCUACAGGCUACAGAAUCAACACGAGAAAGCUGCCCGUGGAUACUAAAUGCUGCUCUAGAUUAUGAGCUCAAGCAAGAGUGCACGCUAUAAUCGUUUCUCUGGCGGCCCAGCAAACCUCCCUUCCUCGGACAGCACAAACGGGACCAGAAUGGAAACCACCUUUGGUCCUGCAUUUUCAGCUGUUACCACCAUUACUAAAGUAGCUGAUGGGACCAGCACGUACAAACAGCACCGUAGGACUCCCUCCUCCUCCAGCACACUCACCUACUCCCAGAGGGAUGAAGAAGAUGGCAUGCCCCCGAUCAACACUCCCCGACGCUCUGAUUCGGCCAUAUCUGUCCGCUCCUUGCAUUCUGAAUCCAGCAUGUCUUUACGGUCCACGUUCUCCCUGCACGAGGAGGAGGAAGAGCCAGAGCCUCUGGUGUUUGCGGAGCAGCCGUCAGUGAAGCUGUGCUGUCAGCUCUGCUGCAGUGUGUUCAAGGACCCAGUGAUCACAACCUGUGGGCACACAUUCUGUAGAAGAUGUGCCUUAAAGUCUGAGAAGUGCCCGGUGGACAAUGCCAAACUGACUGUGGUGGUGAACAAUAUCGCCGUGGCCGAGCAGAUCGGCGAGCUCUUCAUUCACUGCAAGCAUGGCUGCCGCACUGUGGGCAGCGGGAAGCCCGCCACCUUCGAGGUAGACCCCCGUGGCUGCCCCUUCACCAUCAAACUCAGCUCCAGGAAAGACCACGAAGGCAGCUGUGACUACCGGCCUGUGAGAUGCCCCAACAACCCCAGCUGCCCCCCUCUGCUGAAGAUGAACCUGGAGGCACAUCUCAAGGAAUGCGAGCACAUCAAGUGUCCUCACUCCAAAUAUGGCUGUACGUUCAUAGGAAAUCAGGACACCUAUGAAACUCACCUGGAGACCUGUAAGUUCGAAGGCCUGAAGGAGUUCUUGCAACAGACAGAUGACCGUUUCCAUGAAAUGCAUGUGGCCCUGGCACAGAAAGACCAAGAAAUUGCCUUCCUGCGGUCAAUGCUAGGGAAACUGUCAGAGAAGAUCGACCAGCUGGAGAAGAACCUGGAACUCAAGUUUGAUGUGCUGGAUGAGAAUCAAAGCAAACUCAGCGAAGACCUCAUGGAGUUCCGACGGGACGCAUCCAUGUUGAAUGAUGAGCUGUCUCAUAUCAAUGCCCGCUUAAAUAUGGGAAUCCUAGGAUCCUAUGACCCCCAGCAGAUCUUCAAGUGCAAAGGGACCUUUGUGGGCCACCAGGGCCCUGUGUGGUGUCUCUGUGUCUACUCCAUGGGGGACCUGCUUUUCAGUGGUUCGUCAGACAAGACCAUUAAGGUGUGGGACACCUGCACCACCUACAAAUGCCAGAAGACCCUGGAAGGUCACGACGGCAUCGUGCUCGCGCUCUGUAUCCAAGGGUGCAAGCUGUACAGUGGAUCUGCAGAUUGUACCAUCAUUGUCUGGGACAUUCAGAACCUGCAGAAGGUCAACACCAUCCGAGCUCAUGACAAUCCUGUUUGCACUUUGGUUUCCUCACAUAACAUGCUUUUCAGUGGUUCCCUCAAAGCCAUCAAGGUCUGGGACAUUGUGGGCACAGAGCUGAAGCUUAAGAAGGAGCUCACCGGCCUCAAUCACUGGGUACGGGCCCUGGUGGCCUCUCAGAACUACCUGUACAGUGGCUCCUACCAGACAAUCAAGAUCUGGGACAUCCGAAACCUCGAGUGCAUCCAUGUGCUACAGACGUCGGGGGGCAGUGUCUACUCCAUCGCGGUGACGAAUCACCACAUUGUCUGCGGAACCUAUGAGAACCUCAUUCAUGUCUGGGAUAUUGAAUCUAAGGAGCAGGUGCGGACAUUAACAGGUCACGUGGGGACGGUCUAUGCCUUGGCAGUCAUCUCAACCCCAGACCAGACCAAAGUUUUCAGCGCCUCCUACGAUCGGUCACUCAGGGUCUGGAGCAUGGACAACAUGAUCUGCACACAGACUCUCCUCCGACACCAGGGCAGCGUCACUGCCCUGGCCGUCUCCCGGGGUCGACUUUUCUCUGGAGCCGUCGAUAGCACUGUCAAGGUUUGGACAUGUUAAUGGGAGAAUCCAGGCCAGCACUCCCCCUGGGAAUCACCAGAUCCUCGUCCUGUGAGGUGCCAUCCCAUGGCCAGAGCCUUGGAGGGAAUCCCCAGGAAUGGUUGCCACACAAGUCAGCCAAGCAGCUGCUCCUGAACUUUUGCCCCAAAGCUGCUGCCCCAGGUAGUGGGCAUCCUCCAGGGCAGUGCAGGUACCUCAGCCCUCCUGCUCUGCCCACCCCACCCUCGCCACAGGAUGGCCUCCUCCACAAACGUACACAUGCGCACACUCCAGCCAGCUCCUCAGAGCCCCCGCCCAGAGGCCCAAUCACUGCUGGAGGAGAGGGGCCCACUCCCUUCCCUUGGUAGACGGUAAUCGAUGCUCCCAUGGCACUUGGGGCCUGCUGGUUGGGCCACACACACACACACACACACACACACACACACUCCUUUCCUCCUGCCCAUCGCUGCUCGUUGUGCUGCCAAGACACUCAAGCUCCUAUCAGAUGGUGGGCUGUUGGGGACGUUUACCCAGGGGCACCAGGUACGAUGCUCAAGCCCACACCAGUCCUCUGUUCACACUCCCCACAUCAUGGAAACCCUUCACCAGGCAAGGGACCGGCCUUGGCUACAUUUUUACUCAACAUUUUUUACGGUUUUUAGACUGUAUAUAGAUUUGAUUAUUUCCUCAUUGACAAUAAAAUCUAAAUGGA